AUGUCAAGCAGCAGCAGUCGUGCAAGCAACACCAUCACGCACGCACAUUAUUAUAACGAUAUCAAUCGACUCCGAGCGUGCUACGAAGCAGCCGAAGCUGUCGCAUUCGCCGCAGUUGGCCGCACGGUCGCAUCGGUGCCUUCCACAAAGUGCCUCGCAGCUAUCCGCGGCGUGGGCGGCGAGGACGAAGAAGCGGGCGAAGGUGUCUCGGGCUCCAGCUGCACGCCGCUCGCAGACGUGGGCGUGGACGGCGUCACCGAUUCGAGCGCCGUCGCGUACGACACGUACGAGCUCGCGCGGGACUCGGCUCUCAACGGUUCCGUCGGCGGAGGCUUGAAGGACGAGGGCGGGACCACCGAAGGCAUGACCGGCGUCACGGAAGCCGUCGAUGGACCCGCGUCGGGGGAGGUGGUGGAUGUCGUCGGCGCCGACUCCUCCGGAAUAGGUUCCUCGGCGAUGCCCGGAGGCGAAGCGUCUGCUGGUGAGCUAUGGUCCGUCGACUCCGCUACGGGCAAGCUUUCAGUUGUGGAGCCGGACGCAGCGGAAGCACCGCUGCCUGUUCGCGCAUGCGACGCCAGCGGCGAGGGCCCUGCGUUGUCCGUCGAAGCUCUCGUCACGCUCUCGAAAUCGGGAGGCGGCACCAGAUCCGCUCUUGACGUUGACGCCGCGAACGCGAUGGCCUCCGCUCCAUACGGGACUCCGAACCGGCCGAGCGAUUCCCUGCUCGAAAUGAGCCUGAUCUGGUCAGGAGUGGGCCCCGAUCUGGGGUAG